UUCCUUUCCCUCGUCUACUCCUUCGUCAGCAUGGUCUUUCAGAUCAACUUCAAAUACACCAAUCCCAUAACAUCUACCACGCAAAUCACCGAGAUUGAAUAUGGCAAUCCGAUUUCGUACGGCCACGGCACAUGCCUCGUCUACUGAAAGCUCAACUGCUUCGGCAUGACCACAAUUGGCCUGGCUUGCAAAAAAAUUACUACUUUUUUAUAGAAUUUUAUAUGGACAACAAGAUGGGUCUGUUUCUUAUCUUUUGGGUUAUCACCCACGUGUCAACUGCCUUUUAUGAUAUCGAGAUUGCACCUAAGUUUUAUCCAUGGGGAUAUGUGUGGUCCCUACAUUCGAUCGUCGAAGGAAGUCGUAUAUUGAUCGCUUAGAGUGCAGUGAAUGCCGCUUUCUUCCCGUUCUGCUAUCGGUUUCAGAGAUAGAAGAGCCAGAAAAGCGUGCAUGAAUACUGGCCCGUGGAGGCAAGAAUAGGGUUGCGGG